GCCGAAGGCAGCAGCUUAACCCACUGAGCCACCCAGGCGCCCUGGAACCCUCAUUUCUAACCAGAGCCGGGGAUGCACGAGGCCCAGCUCUCCCGCAGACUCGGGCAGAAAAAGCGACUGCUGGAGGCAGAAGAGCCCGGGAGUGACCUGCACGGAGCCCCGACGCCCUCCCCUACAGAGCCCCGCUUGGGGCGGCCUGCCUCCCUGGGCCCCCAGCGCAGCCUCUACUUCUCAAGCUCAAAAAGCUGCUCUGCACGGCUGGGAUCGGAGUUUUUCGACCAACCCGCUGUCGCCCUGGCACAGGCAUUUCUGGGACAGGUGCUGGUUCGACGACUUGACGACGGCACAGAGCUCCGAGGGCGCAUCGUGGAGACGGAGGCAUACGUGGGGCCAGAGGACGAAGCCGCGCACUCUAGGGGCGGCCGGCAGACCCCGCGCAACCGUGGCAUGUUCAUGAAGCCGGGCACUCUGUACGUGUACGUCAUCUACGGCAUGUACUUCUGCAUGAACGUCUCCAGCCGAGGGGACGGGGCGUGUGUCCUGCUGCGAGCACUGGAGCCCCUGGGGGGCCUGGAGACCAUGCGGCAGCUUCGAAGCGCCCUCCGCAAGGGCACCGCGGGCCGAGCCCUCAAGGACCGUGAGCUGUGCAGUGGCCCCUCCAAGCUGUGCCAGGCCCUGGCCAUCGACAAGAGCUUCGACCAGCGGGACCUGGCCGCCGACACGGCUGUGUGGAUGGAGCGCAGCGCCCUGGGGGCCAGUGAGCCUGCCGUGGUGGCGGCUGCCCGCGUGGGCAUCGGCCAGGCAGGAGAGUGGGCCCAGAAGCCCCUGCGCUUCUAUGUCCGGGGCAGCCCCUGGGUCAGCGUGGUGGACAGAGCGGCUGAGCAGAGCACACAGAGCGGGCCCUUGGCGAGCGUCUGCUCCCAUGAGGCUUUUUAAUUCUGUAAAAACCCAAUAAACACUUUAUGUCUAGAAAA